UGAAUCUGUGUGUGUGUGUGUGUGUGUGUGUGUGUGUGUGUGUGUGUGUGUGUGUGUGUGUGUGUGUGUGUGUGGAGCCUGUUGGUCAUUUUGCGCAGGACGGGGCGGGUGUUUGGCCGUCGGCAUUUGGAAUAGUGGACGUGGAUUGUCGUUUGCUGGCGGGGCUUGGCGAGGGGCAGCGGCGUGUCUCGGGCCGGUUUACCACCACUGCCAGUGCCCCGGUCGCUGCGCCAAACGCUGCUGCGCGAGAGCUACCACCCAAACGCAGUAAAGGUCACACCUCGCCACCGCGGGGUCCAGACAUUGCAGCCGUUGCGCCCGCCCCACAACCACGCCCCUGGCAAGCCACGGCGCAAUCCGAGACGCUGCGCGCCCUGAUCGACGAUCUGAAUGAUGACAUUGAAGACGCCAUCUUCGAUGAUCAGCUGCCCCGCGAGGUAGCCUUGCUCGUCUUCCGCUACUUGUCCAUCCCCGACCUCGGCACCUGUGCCCGCGUGAGUCGGCAAUGGCGUGAGAUGGUGGAAUCUGAUGAACUCUGGGUGCACUUUGCCGUCGAGCUGGGCCUGGCUUCCGACCCAGAGGAGACACCUCCAGCAGAAGGCUGGAAAAACUUGGUUCGACGUUACACCCUGUAUAGACGCGAACGCCAACGACGCUGGCGCGAGCUGCUAGCCACGUACACCGACAUGGACCGUCACCUUCGCUUUACCAAUCGCCCCGUCGCCGCCGUGGCCAUCAGUUCAGAUUGUAUUGCCGGUGCCGUGUCCACGAUCAAAGUCGGCGCUGCCCAGUUGUCCCUGGCAGUUUGGUCUACUCACUCACUUGAAGCGCGAUGCGAUCUGCUUCCCGUGGCCGAGGAUGCCCAAGCCAUCGCGCUCGCCUGCUGUAACGAGGCCGUGGCUUGCUCCACCGACCGUCAACAACUCAUUCUCGCCGACAGCCAGCUGCAACACGUGACCCAUCUCCCCCUGCCUGAUCAACGGCACACGUUGGCCUGGGCUGGCCCCCACCUGUUGGUGACCGCAGCCGAGCAUCGUGUCACCGUUGUAGCCCACGAGCACGCCCAGUUGUCUGCCUUGCCCAUGCCUACAACCACGCCCACACCCACACCACCGCGCGGGUCGGCGACGCGACCAGAUACGGGCCUCGAUAUGCCCUCGAACCACAAUGGUUGGUCGGUGCGGUGGGAACUAAACGAUCCCCAAAACCACAUUUAUGAAGUGGCUAGCCUAGGCUCAACCCCCGAUCGUCCCUUGGCCGUGCUCAGCGAGCAGGGCGUGGCCCUUCACGAUGCAGCCUCGGGCGCUGUUGUCAUUGACCUUUACCCUAAUCUUGGCGUGGCCAUUGUGGCGGGCAACUUCCGGUCCGCAUACGAUCGCCUGCUCUACAGCGUUGCUGAUCGAUCCCAGUGUACAUUGCGCCUGCACGACGUUCAUGGACGGCUGCUCCAAGCCGUGGCUUUGCAGGGACUUAGCCUGGUGCCUGGCCAGGCAGCGUGGGAAACGCUGGUUGAUCGCUACGAUACCCUACCCCCGGCAUACCUAGCCAAUGCCAACGAGGUUGCCGUCGGCAUUCAGCGCGGCGUCGCCACCUACGACCUGCGGGAGGGUCGACUUCAUCGGCACCCCUGGCUCGCUGGCCACUCGGCCACCGUGGCCGUCAGCAUGGAUGAUUGGCGCCUCGUCUACUCGACACGCCGCGAGUGGGGCCACGUGGGCUGGACCUAUCUAGCGGACCGUCGUAUGAUGCGACGACUCUGGAACGUGCGCACCAGCGAUACAGUGCGCACGCUCGAGUUUACUGACGAACAUCUCAUCUACGCCUGCGUCGGUGCGCGACCCCAUCCGACCCGGGUGCGGGGCAAUGACACAUCAGAUCCCAACCUGCCCAUCCUUCACGCCUUGGAUUUCACGGCCCCGCUCUCGGAGCUGGCCAACGCCACCUGUCCCUACAGCUCUGUCUACGAAAACCUGUACGGCUGGGAUCAGGAUCUUGACCUCCGCAACCCUUAUGACAACCCGGUGGUGGAUAAGCCGUAUCGUGAGCUGCGGAGUAAUCGCGUGGGGUUUGCUGGAACUCAGCCGAUCGAGGGCUGGGCUCAGGUGCCAUUCGUGCGCGUUCACACACUCCAACGCUACAGCACGACGCAGGUACUGGCUGUGGCCGACGCGCCCAACGGCACGACAGGCGUCUACGUGGUGACGCUGGGUACAACGGCCAAUGACGUCUCAGCCCAGCGGCUGCCCUGGGAUGUGGAUCCACGCGCGCAUGUUUUGCCCGCUGCCCAUGAGCCCGACGCGUUUACCAUCAUCCGCGACAACUUUAUUGCGCGCGUGUCUUGCUCGGCAACGGCAUGCGAAGAACAGUUUUCACUCCCGAUCCCGACUCUCUUGGUCACCACUGUCAAGAUGCUUGACAGCGGUGCCGCCGCUCUAAUUGGCACUGAUAUAGGUCUGUGGCACUUGUCCAGCAAUGCGACUGACCUGACCUUACUGCGCCUGACCGAGGACCUGGUGCUUUCAACCACGGCCUGUGGCGAACACUACUUUGUGGGCACUGAAACCAAGGUCCUACAGAUCAACCAGACCGGCCACGUUCUCGACUGGGAAUGGGUCACGCUCCUCGACGCUGGAGCCGGCGGUGCAUACGGGGGGCCCGCACGCGACAUGACGUGUGACCAAGCCGGCACGCUGUUUACCACCAACCAAGUGAGCCUCAACACCCGAGCACCGAACGGCGGCAUUGGGCGCCUUGAUUAUCAGCAAGGCAUGCCCAUGAAUAAUGCCAGCCAGGUUGUGAUGGAGCCGGGGACCGAGGCCAUGUGGAUCGGCACGCCCCGGGCGCUCCUGCGCUAUAGCCGGGGACAGGAUGAUCCGGACUGGCGCUUUUUCCACGGCGAUCGCUUCUUGCCCCACUCCUCCAACGUGACGCACGUGGUGGCGUUGGAUGCCGAUCGCGUUGUCGUGGCCACGACCGGCGGUUUUGCCUUGCUGACUUGGGAAAACUGGACGCUACGACAAAAGGCCGACUGGUAUCGCAAGACCCUCCUAGCCCGCCACAAUCGUCACGGACUGGUGGCAGAGUGUGACAUGGAUGCCUACGGCCAACUGUCAUCGUGCACUGGCGGGCCCAACGACAACAGCGGCCUGUGGACCAGUUUGCUAGUGUCGGCCUACGCCCAUGCGCUGACCGUUGAACCUUCGGACGAGCACGCGCAGGCCUUUGACAUUUUUCAGCGUGGCCUUGAGCUCCUGGUCAACGUGACCAAUGUCCGCGGUCUGAUGGCUCGAACAUGUGUGGCUCCCAACAUGAGCUUUCCUGCCACCGACAAUGACUGGCACAACAGCUCUGCCCCCGGCCUCCAGGGCUGGCAUUUCAAAGGUGAUGCAUCCUCGGACGAGGUGGUGGGCCACAUGUUUGGCCAUGCCACGGCGGCAGCAUUGCUGCCCGACAGCCCGCGUCGCAACAUUUCGCGUCAGUACCUACUUGAUAUCAUGAAUUACAUUGUCGACAACGAUUUCUACCUCAUUGACGUGACUGGCAAGCACACGCGCUGGGGUGUUUGGAACCCAGCUGAGAUCGAUGACAGCAUUCUAUGGACCAACGAGCAUGGUGUGAACAGCCUGCAGAUCCUCGCCUACCUGUCAGCUGCAGCUGGCCUCGCCAGGAGCGAGCAGGAACACGUCAAGUUUGUCAAGGCAAUCAAAACUCUGACCACCGAAGCAAAUCGCUUUGAUAAAAACAUGCUGAAUCUCAAGAUUGAGGCGCCAGCUUCAGACAACUAUUCGGACGACGAGCUGACAUUUUUGCCGUACAUGGUCAUGGCCUUGGGCUUGAACAUGACCGCACAGCCACAGCUGGCGGCCGCGUUGGGCCCGAGUUUGACGCGCACCUGGCAGUUUGUGCGUGCCUAUCGCAGCGCUCCAUGGAAUGCCAUUUAUACGGCAGUGGACGGCAACCUGACGACACAGGCUGAUAUUGACAGCAUUGUCUGGAAUCUGCGGACGUGGCCAUUGGAGCUGAUUGAUUUCCCGGUCAACAACACGAUGCGACGCGACAUCUACAUCGACCCCGAGGCAGAACGCAAUGGGCAGGUGGGCGACGACGAUGAGCGACGCAUCCUGCCCGCAUAUGAGCGACCGCAGCUGCGAUGGAACGGCAACCCUCAUGACUUGGAUGGCGGCUCGGGCCUAUCCGAGGGUGAUCCGGGCGCUUGGCUCAUGCCCUAUUGGAUGGCACGCCAUUACGGGCUGAUUGUCAACUAG